AUGGAAGACCCCAAGGCUCCGAAGGCGGAACGCUACACGACAGACCUUCUGAAAACACCUGGAAUGGCAUUCGACAUCUCGAUUCCAGAUCCUAAAAAGCGGAUAGAGGCAUACAUCGAAGCAUAUCGCAAUGCAGACACGACCCAUGUGCAGACGUUUGACCUGGCCUUCAUGCGCGACCACAUCACUGUUGUCAGCGCCUCCACCACGCCGAGAAAGACCACGGCCGUGUUCGAGAUGAAGGCCGCGCCUCUUUUCACCAACCGCAUGGGCAACAUGCACGGCGGAGCGGUGGCAAUGAUUCACGACAUGUGUACGACGAUGGCUGCCGCGCCUCUGGCCAGGAAGGACUUUUGGUGGUUCGGAGGUGUAUCUCGGACGUUGUUGAUCACGUACCUUCGGCCCGUGCGGCAGAACAUGGAUCUUGUCAUCGAGUGUGAAGUUCUGCAGCAAGGAGCACGCUUGUCCACGAUUCGGGGCGAGAUGAGAGACAAGUAG